AUGGCAUUGGAUGGCAAUAAUCCGACGAUGCUGGAUGGUUAUGGUGGCUUCAAUAAUGUCCUUAUGCCUGAUUUUUCGUUUUCCCGCAUUUUACUCCUCAAUCAUUUCAAAGGGCUUUAUGCAGUUGCUAAUUUGCGGGGUGGAGGUGAAUAUGGCGAGAAAUGGCACGAAGCUGGUGUACGCAGACUAAAGCAAAAUGUCUUCGAUGAUUUCAUAGCGGCUGCGGAGUAUCUGGUCAAUAACAAUUAUACAUCGCCUAAAAGCGUCUCGUUCCGAGCAUCGCCACCGCUAGACCACGAUGGAGCACCAGGAGAAAAGCAGCAUUGA